GUAUUUUAAUACCGCGAUAUAAUCGCGGUAUUUUUUGGGUACGUAGCGUCGCGCUUUAUUACCAUCAAGUUAGGGUAAAGACAAACAGCUGUUUUGACUGACGCGUUUAUCGAAUCGGCCGCGUUCUAGUAAUCCACACUGGAAUCGGCCGCGUUCUAGUAAUCCACACUGAGCUGUUUCUUCAGCGGUUUAUGCAGUGAUCCAUUCGAUUUGCAGAAUGGAUGACGUAUUGUAUUUAUCGCUACUGUAUUUGUAUUGGAAAAUUAGUAAAAAGAAAAGAAAUAAAUAGAAGAAUGUGGAUACAUCCAAUCAUCGAAGAAAGGCAACGAAAACGUCAUUUUCAUACAUUGUUUGCUGAAGUACAAAGAGAUGAAGAAAAGUUUUUCAACUUUACUAGGAUGUCGCGAAGUACUUUUUACGAGUUAUUAGCAGUUUGUGGAGAAAAACUAGCAAAGAAAGAUACACGUAUGAGAAAUGCGAUAACACCAGAAGAAAAACUAGUAAUAACUAUCCGAUAUUUGGCUACGGCCGAAUUACAUUAUAAUUUUCAUAUUGGUAGAUCUACUGCUAGUAACAUUAUCCAAGAAGUAUGCGAAACAAUAUGGAUUGAAUUAGCAGACAAAGUUAUACCGCAAUGUUCAACAGAGAAAUGGAUAGAAAUUGCUAAAGGGUUUCAAACAUGUGCACAGUUUCCCAACUGUAUAAGAGCAAUAGACGGGAAACAUAUUCGGACUAAGCAGCCACCCAAUAGUCGUGGUCAGCUUGGUCAUACUACCCUUGAUGAUGAGCGAGAACCACUCCAAGUGGAAGCUUUAGCAGGUCUCAACAUCAUUCAAAUAUCUGCUGGUGGUUGGCACUCAUGUGCAGUUACCAAAGAUGGUGACCUAUACACUUGGGGUUGGAAUGGUAGUGGACAGUUGGGUAUCUGCGAUAAAACAGAAAAUCAGCACCAAGUUAUAGCCACUCCUACGCCAGCGGAGUUUGGACUAACUGUUUUAAAAGUUGCUUGUGGUAGUAGACACACCAUAAUUCUACUAGAUAAUAAUCAGCUGUAUGGUUGUGGAUGGAACAAAUAUAAACAGAUAAAGUAUUGUGAACAAGAGUCAUUUAGCACAUUUCUUAAAAUGAGGUCAUUUGAGGACAAUGAAAUUAUCGACAUUAAAUGUGGGCCUUGGAAUUCUGUCGUCUUAUGUGCCUGAGUGUAAUGAAUUUAUUUUAUUUAUUAAUAAGUUUAUUAUAGGUGACAGUGGCGCUCCCAUGGUAGAGGGGUUAAAGUGAGCUUGCUAGGGUACUCCCGCCAAAUUUUGAAAAAGAUAUUUUACAAAAAAGGCCUUAUAGUUGCUUUGGAUAUGUGAUCCAAUGAAAAACCUCAGUGUUUUUUUUGUAAAUAACAUUUUACAUCAUUUUUUAAGUGUGUCAAAUAAGGAGAUUUAAAAGAGUCAUGAGGGAUCAUUGCCCACCUCAAUAUUUUAUAUUUAUUAUAUUUAAAACCGUGCACUCUCAUUGGCCAGCCUAAACAGGCAAGACAAGCGAACAAGCGGCGACCUAGCACCCAUGUUUGUCCCAGCGAGGAGUAAAUGAGGUCUCAACAGCCCUUAGCUAAAACACUAAAAUUUUACUAUCGAAAACUAUGCAACACGAUUUACAGAUAACAAAGAUGUUAACUAGCUACUAUCAAGCAUCAUAGAUUUUAUUUCAUAGACAGUUGUCUUUAAAAUAUCCAAAUUUCCACCUGACAAAACUUUAUUGCAAUCUUACAAAAUCUCGUUUGAAGAUCAACACAAGGUGACAGUUACAAGCAUAAAUGUGGAUGACUCAUUUGAUACUCACCAGAAAAAUGUUCAAGGUGGUGAGACAAAAUGAACAAAUGGUGGCUGAUAUCUAUAUGUGAGAUAUAUUUUUAUAAGGUAGGAACAAACCAAAAAUAAAGAAAUGACGAUCCCAAAACAAUGUAAUUCUACUUACAGCUACCCUAACGAAGCUGUUAAUUAGCUAUUAACAAAUAUUAAACACAUAAAUUACAUAAUUAGAAUUUAUUUCCGAAACGGUCGUAUUUAAAAUAUCAAAAUCUCCAGGUAAUAAAUCCGUAUCAUAAUCUUGCAAGAUCCUCUUGAAUGGAGAGCAAUAAAAAAUAAUUCGGGUUCAUUCAAUCUAAGAUAUCUUUGGAAUGUGAAAACUAAUAAAGUUUAUCAAAUAGUAAUCGUUGUCUUUUAUGUUAUUUAAUAACUACACGCACUUGGUCCAGCAAACGGCACAACAUCAUCAAAAUUGCAACUGUAAGGCUGUGUUCGACCUUCAUUAGGUUUGCCAGAAUGCGCUACAACUGCACCUGGUUGUUGAACUCUCAGUCCAGCAUGUCCAGAUUUUAAGCUUUCUUAAGCGCAGUAAAACAAAAAUAUGACUUGAAAUUAAUAAAGUUAGUGCCUGUCACUAUUACAGGACGUUUAAAAUACAUUACUUUUUAUAGUAGUCUUCGCAGAUAAAAGAAAUUAUAUACGGAAAGUAGUUUCCUUUGUCGUUUCCUCGUUUUUUGUAGUGUUCGCCGAUUUUGUAAGUUUAAUUGGUGAAAAUUAUGAACCGUUUGACCGUAAAAUUCGAACUAAAAAGAAUGAUAUUUACCUCCAACGAUUUGUAAAACACGAAGAAGUACUAAAACAAUAGCAAAACUUUAUAAUUAAUAAGAUUGUUGGAAUUAAAUCAGUCUUGGUACACUUUUAAACAAGAUAAAAGUUUAUUUUAUCCCAAUAUUUUAAGGUUAGAAAUUUUGUCAUCCGUGCACGAAAAUGCACUCGACGACGACGACCCAACAACCACCUAAUUAGGUACCUUUAGAUUUACACUCUUUCCUGCGGGAUUAGAACGCCCCGUUCCAAUCACUCGAAUUCUCGCGCGAAUUGUGUUAAAAAUUGCAAUGGCUUAUGGCACGGUUUGAGUGUGUGGUGUGGAACGGUAGCGGCAGUGGCUGCAUGUAAACCCGGUGUAAAGGUACCUAAUUGUUAGGUAGGUAAUAUGGCAGAUUCACGAUAUUGGCCGAAAGAAGUUGUUUUCAGAGUCUAUUGAAAUAUACCUAUAAAUCUUAUCCAUGAUUAUGGAAAAUCAAAUCCCGAGAAUAUACAAACAGAAAUUUUAAAAAUGCUACUUACGACAAUUUAGUCUAAUUUUGUACAAAAUUAUAUCCAGAAGCCAAUCGAGAUUAUGUUGUGAAGAAAAUAUAAAGUUUUCGUGGUUCUUUUCAGAAGGAAUUAAAAAAGAUAGAGGAUUCCAAACGAAGUGGAGCUAGUACAGAUGAAAUUUUUACUCCCACAUUAUGGUAUUUCGACUUACUCCAGUGUACUAUUGAUCAGGAACUACCAACCCAAAGCAUUUGCAACAUUGAAGAUGAAGGAACAGAAAAUUCCAAUCACUCUACUGAAGAAGAACUUGAUUGAAAACAAAAAAAAAAUACUUUAAGCUUUUCCUUUGGCCAACAUUUCAUGCUGCCAAUCAACUUUUCCAUCUGAAUUGAAAUAACUUGUAUAAUUAUCUCGAUUAGUUUUAGCAACUAUGGUAGCUACUUUUUUGUUAAACCUUUCGAAUUUUUUCGUAUUAACUGCAUUGUUUCUCCAAUCACCCAUCUGUAACUCUUUAGUUAUCAGAUUUUCUUGAUCAAAUGAUGUUGAUGUCGUAUAAGAUGUAUCACGCUUCUUAAGAAAAUUGUGAAGAGAACAAAUAGUAAGUACAACGUAACAUGUUUUCAGGUUCUUCAUAUGUAUUGGUGUAUGCAGCAUUCCAAACCUUGCCGCUAUCAGGCCAAAUGCAUUUUCCGAAAUAUUUCUCGCUCGUGAUAGUCUAUAGUCAAAAAUUAUUUUACUCUAAGAAAGAUCUCUUUGAGGAUAGGGUUUUAAAAAGUUUUCAUGUAAAGAAAACGCUUCAUCGCCCAAAAAUACAAAAUUGAAAUUGUUUUUUGUCUCUGUGUUAUUUGGCAAAUGUAAUUGGCCUAAAACCACAAAAUGAUAUUAUUUAAAAUUACGUAUAACAACUUACCAUGUAUUAAUGUGAUAAAAUUCGUAGUUAGCAUUGACGAGGGCUAUUAAAAUGAUACUAUAACAAUUUUUAUAGUUAUAGUAUUGUGCUCCUGAAUGAGGAGGUAAAAUGCGAAUAUGCUUGAAAUCCAGAGCUCCUCCACAGUUUAUAAAUUGCCAUUUUGUUUUUCAAAUCCAUUUGCCACUUCCAGCCAAUCCUGCUGCGUAGAUGGAAGCUAAAAUAAUGUUUUUUCAGAAAUCUGCAAAUGUUUCAUCACAAGUGCCUUUAACAUCUCAUACACGUCCAACAAAGUCCAACUGCCUUCAAGCCUACCUUAAAUAAAAGAACUUAUGCUUUCACGCAAUUUUGUGUCUUGUUUAGAAAUCAUUGGAGAAACCAAAUCCAACAAUAUUCCAAAUGAUUCAGAAUCCAUUCUCAAAUAAUUUCUAAAAUCCAUGGGAAAAUUAUCACGCAACUUAUGGAUCAGAGGCAAAUAUCCAUAUCUGUUGUGAUUUUCCAACCAUGCUAUCACCCAACACUGUCUUUGUCUCUUAUUUCGAAUAUUUAGAUACACAAUCAAACACAAAGCUGCUCUUAUUUUCCGUUUUUAUUUUUUUAUUUUAUCAUUAUGAAAAUAAAAAUCGCCUUGAAAACUGUUGAAAAUUUCAAUAGCAAUUAGCACUUUUAUCCUAUACCGUUUCACACCACACACUCAAACCGUGCGAUAAGCCGUUGCAAUUUGUAGUUUGAAUCCGGGGGGGUUAAUUGGAGAAAACGCUUGAACAUGGACAUUUGAUUUGUCCAUGGCCAAGCUCUGAACCGAUCCAGUUGAUUUGCCUUUUGCCCUGUGUGAGUUUGUUCGGAUCUUAGGUGCUUCGUAUUACAGUCUUUUAGGCUUUUCCAUCUCAUUUUUAAAUCGUCACGUGUAAAUAAUAAGUAAAAAUAAAUGUUUGUUACAAGUAGUUAGGCUACCGGAGAUACCUACAAAACUGUCGCACAUAGUCGGGUUUUCUACUGUUAGCUCUAUUAUAAGAGAAGUGUGCACAGUUAUUUGGUAUAAAUUUCAACCAGUAUAUAUGCCUGAGCCGUCAGAAGAAAUGUGGGAGACUACAAUAAUUUUUUGAGGAUUUCCAAAUUGCUUGGGCGCCAUUAUCAUAAAACCAUAAAAUGUCCAAAGAUGUUCUGAUCAUUUCUCAUAUUUAAAGAAGUUUUCAAUAGUUCUAGUGGCAAAAGUAGAACCAAAUUAUAAAUUUAUCACAAUUGAUGUUUUGGCAUACGGAAAAAAAGCGAUGGUCGUAUUUUCGAAGAAUCAGCUGUAGGACGUCGCUUAGAACAAAGAACAAUGAAUGUCCCAUCAAACAGACCAUUACCUGGUUGCCAGGAAUCACUUCCUUGUGUACUAAUAGGACAUGAAGCAUUUGCUUUAAGCCCAUAGUUGAUGCGCCCUUUCCCAUAUUGGCAAUCAAGAUAUGACCUCAGAUUAACGAAUUAUAAUAAACGACUCUGUAGAGCACGGCGAGUAGUCGAAAAUGCUUCCGGAAUACUAGCACAAAAAUGGUGAAUUUUCGAAAGGCCCAUGGAUGCAAAAAGGUCAACGCUUACUAUAACUGUAAAAGCUGCAUGUAUUUUGCACAAUUAUUUGAGAUUAAACAGCCAAAAUGUACAUUAUGACAACACUCUUUUGCCACCAAUAACUGAACAGGCAAAUGCCUUCACAGCACUGCAAAAUAUAAAUCAUACUCAUAGAAGCACUAACAAUGCUUUCAAUAUUCGUGAACAAUAUGUCAGAUGUUUCAAUCCAUAAGCCUGUGUAUAGAAACUCGUAUAUUGAAUAUAUUAUGUUACUUUACUUAGAAACCGAAUAAAUACUGUUUUAUCAUAGUGUAUUUUUCAUCGUAGCCACCUGUUAAAUAAACAUAUUACUUACGACUUAUUUCGAGUAUCCUUCCUAUUUCAUCCCACACGUGGCCCUUUUUUCUAAUAUUAUAAUCAGAAUGAGAUACAACAAUGGGUAUUUGUGGACCUCGUUUAUAAUUUCUUCCGUUUCCACCAUACUAAUGUAAAAAACAUAGAUUUUUUCAACAAAUAGUAGCUGCGUGCAGCGACCUAACGCAACAAGCGCGAUCUGAUCGCUAACGCCACGUGCAGAUGCUGCGGCCAAUCAGACGACGGAUCGAUGUGAACACGUCCCUAAAAGUUUGUACACAAUAACUGAUCGCCACCGUCCACGCCAUCGCGGACGCGAGCUGUGCGCAUUGGUUUUGCCGAGCCUUAAGUCAAUUCUUAUUAGGACGCUCUACCCUUGGCCUGGCGAGAAUUCGCGUGAUUGGAAGGGGGCGUUCCAAUCCCGCAGGAAAGAGUGUAAAUAUAAAGGUACCUAAUAACUCCAAUUCUGAAACAAUUUUAAGAUCAGUCUAUACUUGUCAUUAUUAGUGUAAGUUCGCUAUUAAUAGUGGAAGGCAGCAUUUCAAUAUCUUACUAUUUUGGCGCGGGAAACGUGUUAAUCUUGCGAGAGACUAUACUGGUGGGCUUGCAGAACACACGUUUCACAUGCUUCUGCCAGGAGUGAUGGCUAUUGAUUUGCCAGCAGAUCCUGCCAUCGGCGACGGAAAUAUUUCCAUUUCUUAUAAAAAAAUGCUGCAUAUUUAUAUCAUAUGUGGAUGAAAAUGAAGAUGCCCAGUACUUUUGGAGUGGCCGACGUUUAUAGUUACUUAUGAAGUAAUAUGCUUAGUUUGAUUCUCGGAACGGUUCGUUCUAUUGAAAGAACAUCAGAAACAUUUUUAGUUACAGUUUGUUUAACGCAGAAACCACCUAAGUCGAUGUGCAGUGGCGGAUUUCCAGUCUUGGCCGCUCUAGGCCCGAGACCAGGUAACCGCCCCUUUCUCAGUAAUCAUUAUAUAGACUCCAUAACGUACUUUAUUGCCAACUUCGAUUCAAGUUAAUUCAGAAAUUUAAUCAAGUGAUGAUGAUAGUUGCUAGUUUGUGAUACCUUCCUAAACAAAACAGUAAAACGGCUUUAGAGUUUAUUUAUUCAACUAGUUUAACUAUAGGUUCAUUCUCAUACAAUAAAAAAUAAGUAUUUCACAAUGUUACAAAACUCGUCUAGACAUAAACACAGCAAAAUCAUUAAGUCUUCACAAUCCAAUUCCUAAAAAAAUCUGAUUGUAUGUUAAGCAAAGCAAGAUCGUUCAGCCUUUGCUCCGUGCGCAAAUAAUUCUUAACUCGUUGCAAACAAGAAAACGAUCGUUCUCCGGAACAGUUACUGGCGGGUGUUCACACACAUACACGAAGAGCAAUAUCCACGGUUGGGAAAAUGGCUUGACCUUUGGUUCGUAAUCAUUUCAACAAAUUGCUAGCACUUUCUCGAUCCUCAUUUUUUACACCGCAGUGAGCACGAAAAUGGAUACAUUCUUCUGAAAAGUUGUCUUCUAUGUCAGUAGAAUAAACCAUUUGCAGUGCUUUGGCCUUUUAUUCGACUUCAGACGCGCUUAGUUUCGUCAAGUUAGUAAUAAAAUUAAAUUUAUUGUAGAGUCAUCACGUAAUUUUUUGAGCUCUUCUGACAAUGUAUCAAUUAUUACCAAAAAAGUGGUGAUUCUGAAAUUUUCGCGACCGUUCUUUUGUUGCAUCUCUUCACCUGUAUUAGUUUCGCUAUGAAGUAGCUUACGAUUGCGUCGAUCAUCUCUUUCAAAUAGCUGUGCAAAUCAUCCAAGUUAUCUGGUGUUUCACCAAUAAAAUGUAUUAGUACCUCAUACAGUUCUACGACAAUGGUAAUGUGAAUUUCCACAUUCUGAAGUUUUUUUACUUGUGGCGUUAAUACGAUCAAGUAAACAUCCCCAAAACGUAGUGAUGAUGGCCGUUUCAAAACAUUCCAAUUUCACACGAAUACCUCUUCCUUCGCAUAUAACUAACUCUAAACUUCGCUUUAUGGAUUUCAUUCCACGAAUCGCAUAAACGUUUGCAUGCGUCUGCACGAGCUGACCAACGACUUUUGACUGUGAAAUGGGCUUGGAGGAGCUACCAACGCUGAUUUGAUGCUACAAAGAAAUGAUACAACUCUUGGAGUAGAGAAAAGAACGAACAAGCCUCUUGGCUGCUUUCAGCUGCACAUUCACCUACUAAAUUGAGUGAGUGUGCUGAACAGGGAACAUACCCGGCAAGAGGAGAUAAUUCCUUUAUUUUAGCUUGUAGGCCGUUAUAUUGCCUGCUUGUUAAUAAAUCAGUAUAUACUCGUACACGUCGCGUUGCGAUUAUCACUACUAGUGUUUUUAAGAUGGCGCGUAUAACAAUAUUCUUCCUAAAUCACUUAAAUGCACGAAAAUACGUUAUAUAUUAUUAUACAUUACAUUAUACCGUUGAUAUACAUAUCUAUAUUUUAUACAUAAAAUAUAGAAAGUGAUUUAGUAAGAUUAUUGUUAUAUGUUGUAGUGCAGUGCGGCCCGCCAUAAUGAGCUCGAGCCUUUAGAAUAUUUAGGUACUCAGUUACUUCUUGAUAUCGACCUAUUGUACUAAAUGAGCUAUGCUAAAAUACUAAUAAUAAACACUCAA